UUUGCAACAUAAAUAUUUUAUGACAAUGCACUAAUGAAUGUUUAUCAAAACAUCGUCUGUGUUUAGACAAGACUUAUUUCUAUAUGUGCGCAGAUACUGUAACAAUUGACAUAAAAGAAGCCUGAUAUAUCAGUGAAAGUAAAAUAGGAUUAGCUUUGGAGUCUGAUAAGCUGUUUAGUCUGGUACAUGCUUGAAGGCAGUUUUUUUUCGACGUGUAUAAGUACAAACUUAAGUAAUAAAAACGUGACUGAGAUUUCCAGCGCUAGUUUAAAAGUACUUUCUCGGCCAUAUUCUGUUCUCAUCUUGUAUUCGAUUUUACUGUUUUGUCUCGCAUAGAUUUGAAUAUUUACACCAGCUUGCUGAUAUAGCAAUGAAAGUUAAAAAAAGAUCAGAAAUCAAUAGAAAAAAAAAAUGUUUUGCGAGCAGACAGUUCCUCUUACCCGUGAGCUGAAAGGGAAGUUUUGUUUUUUGGAAAAUGAUCGUCCAUCCUUAUCUUAUGUUUUCAGAUCAGCUUAUGAUCAACUUAAAAAAUUACUCUCAGAGCCAAGUUUACAUUUUAGACUACUUUAGCGGCAUAGCGUUCAAUUAUGAUAAACAAACAUAAACACUACAUUAACUUUAGUUGUUUUCUUACUGAACCCAAAUGUCGCAGAGUGAAACUGUUCAGCUGUUUAACAUAUGAAGCGUCAAGGAUUUUUGUAAUGCAACAGUAACCACUGACAGCGCACUUGUGCCGAUACAGGAUAAGUGGUAACAAAUGCGGAAUGUUUUAAAUUAAUUAUGGAUGAUUUCAAUUGCGUGAUGCGGAUUUGACUCUUAGUGAUAAAGAGGUCACUACGUCUAUUUAUCUUUAAUUUCAUUGCCCAAACGAGUUUACCCAUUUAACUUGAAGAUUAACGGCACCGAAAGCGCAGUUUAAAGUAAGUCAAGCGAGUACGCCUCCUGUCAAUACAAAAAAACAUCAGAACAGGCAUGGACACAACCUCAACAGCUCAAAAACCGAAAGGUAAAGUAGCAGUUCACAGGGUGAGAUCGUGUCCACAACCUUUCGAUUUAAUGUUCCAAAUCGCUUGCAGUAAGGAAUCAUUAGAUUCAGAGUUUACAGAAGGAAAGAAGGUUAUUGAUUUCCUACGUCGAGCUGGAAAAGUAGUCGAAUUGGACGCCAUUACUGCAUCUGGGAUGACUGCGCUUACACAGUGUGUUCUUGAUGGUAAUUUCAGGAGUGUAAAAGCUUUGAUAGAACUUGGAGCGAAUGUGAACAAGAAAGAUGGACAAGGAUGGACUCCUUUACACUACGCAGCCAGCGAAGGGUACCUUGAAAUCGUCAAGUAUUUGUUACGUUGCGAGGCUGAUGUGCGCGCGUUGGACGGCAAUAAACAAAUGCCUGUUGAUGUGGCAGAAGCCGAGGACGUGCGCAAAUUUUUGUCGAGAGUCACUUUAUUCUAUUCGCCCAUGAGUAGAAAUCUGACAAGAAAGGCUAGUUUACCAGCUUGGUUAUAGUUGUACAGUACGCUUUAGUUUCUGUUAUUUUUGGUUGAAAUAAAGAGAAAGAAAAGGAAAAGAGGACGCUGGCAAAGAAUUGCGAAUAUCAACCGUUAUAAAUUGGAUCACCUGUUUCCUGAUCAGGAUCCUUAGCGCUACUUAGCAAUAUCGCCGGAAUGACGCACUUCCGUGAAGAUGUUAUCAUUGUAACGGGAGGAAGUGUGGGAAUGAGCGGCUGCUACAAGAUGACGGAGUCUGUUUCUAGGGCACAUUAUUCGCUCGGCCUGUAAAGACAAAUAUUCAUAGAAAACUAUUGCUGCGAUGAUGAAGAGUAUAUAGCAUAGCUUGUAGCGAGUUUAUUUUCCGUAAUGAAGUAGCAAAUCGAACAGCUCGAUAAAUGUAACCAAAAUAAAGCAUUUUAAGUCUGUAA